UCUGUGGAUUGCAGCGAAUUCGCUCAUUUGAAAAAAAUAAAACAUGGCUGGAAGAGGUGGUUAUGAACACGCUAGAGGUGGAUUUGGAGGCGAACGGCAUGUGAAGCAAUUGCCGACGGAACCGCCAUUUAUUGCGUACGUGGGCAACUUGCCGCAGGGUCUCGUCCAGGGCGAUGUUAUGAAAAUAUUUAACGAUUUCGAAGUGAAGAAUGUGCGCCUGGUCAAGGAUCGGGACACGGACAUGUUCAAGGGCUUCUGUUACGUGGAGUUCGAGACGCUCGACAAUUUGGAGCGUGCACUCGAGUGCGAUGGUCGCAUUAAACUCGAUGAUCUUUCGGCCCCGCUCCGCAUAGAUAUUGCUGAUCGUAGGAAAAAUGAACGCCCUGGCGGCGGCGGCAUUGGCGGCGGUGGUGGCAACGGCGGCGGCAUGACCCGAGAUGGCAACCGCGAUGGCUUCCAGAAGCGCGGACCACCCCGCCAGGGCGGCACGAGUCAAUCGUAUAGCCGAGGCGGUCCCGGCACCGGCGGCGGUCGCGAGGCCGGCGGCGGCUCUGGUAAUCGCGGCGAUAGUAGAGGUUCGUACAAUGAUAAUUAUGGUGGUCACAGUGAUAGAAGUCGUGGCGUCGCCAUCUCCGGCAUGAAUAGAGGAUACAAUGAUCGCCCGGCAAAUCGCGGCCGUUACGGCAAUUUCAAUAAUGACGAACGAUUCGAACGCAAUCAGGAUCGUGACCGUGGUCAGCGCGAGGGCAGCUAUGGCAAUCAGUCGCGCGACGGCGAUCGCUACAACAACUUCAGCCGGCAUCGGGACCGCGAGCGUACCCACUACAAUCCCAACCAGCAGCACUCGCAGCAGCCGGAACGACCCAGCGGCGGUGGCGUUGCAAUGGGUGCUAUCGAUGAUACGGAGCGGCCACGACUGCAGCUUAAGCCACGUACCAUUGCGGCGCCCAUCAAUGCGGUGGCUGAAACCAAACAAUCGGCCUCAAUUUUUGGCAAUGCCAAGCCGCGCGAGGAGAAGCUCAAGGACCUACAACAGGAUAUCGAUCACAAUGGCGAUAAUUAGGCCGUAUUUUGGUGUCUUUCAUAUGCCCAAACGAUAUUUAAAACUAAACAAAACUUAACAAAAAAAAGAUAAAAGAUAAAAGAAAC